AUAAAAUGAUUAUUUAUCAUAUUUUUUAUAAUUUUGGGUAAACUAAUAACUUAAAAGUAAAUUACUUCCCAGAUAUAAUUUUGUUUUAACAAAAAGACACCACCGUAUACCUGGUUAUGUUGUUAUAUGAUCUUGAUGAAAAAAUUGUUUGGAUCUAUUACGGUGUAUGUGCAUCUUGAAACAUGGCUUGGUAAAAUGUCACUCUUGAAACCAAAGUACCCUUUGUCCCUUUCAGCUUUUGUAACAGCGGCAGCCAUAUCCACCACCACCACCAUCUCUCACCGUUUUCCAUGUCUUGAAAUCGCGCCUCCUAAACCUAAACAUCCACAACACUUGCUCUCUCUUCUUCUCAAACAUCCUUCUCAACCCAAAAUUCUGCAACAAAUUCACUGUCACAUUAUCACCUCUGGCCUCUUUCACUACCCUUUUCACGACACCUCCACUUGUUUACUCCUCUUCAACAACGUCAUCCGCUGUUACUCCCGUGGCCCUUCCCCCCACCUAGCUCUUCACUUCUUUAGCUACACCCAACACUCCCACACUUUCUUCACAUACCCUUCCCUUGACACCUUCUCUUUUGCCUUUCUUUCUAACGCUUCUGCCAAUCCAACCUGCACCCACUUUGGGAUUCAACUCCACGCCCUCAUUUUCAAGGUUGGGUUUCAGUUUCAUGUGUAUGUGCAAACUGGGCUGUUGCAAAUGUACUCAAGUUCGGGUCUUUUAGUUGAAGCCGCACAAGUGUUCUACCAAAUGCCGCGCAGAAGCUUAGUCACUUGGAAUGUUUUUCUCACUGGUUUGAUCAAAUGGGAGGAGGUUGAACUUGCACUUUCUGUGUUUAAUCAGAUGCCUUCUCGGAGUGUAGUGUCGUGGACCCUUGUUAUUGAUGGAUACACACGCAGGAAUCAGCCCACGAAAGCUUUAACUUUGUUUAGGGAAAUGAUCGAAGUUGAUGGUAUAGAACCUACUCAAGUUACUCUUUUGACCAUUUUUCCUGCUAUUGCGAAUAUUGGGUGUAUUAAGAUAUGUCAAUCAGCUCAUGGAUAUGCGGAGAAGAGAGGGUUCAAUUCCUCUGACAUACGCAUUACCAAUGCAUUAAUUGAUUUGUAUGCAAAGUGUGGAUGCAUAGCAAGUGUGAAUAGAUUCUUGCAGGAGUUACCUGAUCAGAGGAAGAAUUUGGUAUCAUGGACUUCAGCAAUCUCUGGUUUUGCAAUGAAUGGGAUGGGGAGGGAAGCUCUGGAGACUUUUGAAAACAUGGAGAAGGCUGGACUUAGGCCAAACCGUGUGACAUUCCUUAGUGUUUUGAGUGCCUGUAGUCAUGGAGGAUUGGUUGAAGAAGGCCUCAAUUUUUUUGUUAAAAUGGCAAAGGAUUGUGAAGUUGUGCCAGAUAUCAAACACUACGGUUGUGUGAUAGAUAUGCUGGGGAGGGCUGGGAGGUUAGAAGAAGCUGAAAAGGUUGCUUCAGAGGUACCUCAUGAGGUUGCCAAUGCUGUGAUGUGGAGAACGUUGCUGGGUGCUUGCAGUGUUCAUAAUAAUGUUGAAAUUGGUCAGAGGGUGACCAGAAAAGUACUAGAGAUGGAGAGAGGACACGGUGGGGAUUAUGUUCUUAUGUCCAAUAUUCUUGUUGGUGUUGGGAGAUUUAAGGACGCUCAAAGGUUGAGAGAUAUGAUAGAUGAAAGAAUUGCAUUUAAACUUCCUGGCUAUAGUAUAGCCUAA